UCUCUGGAGUGUACAGUUCUGACUCUUUGAAUUUCUUCUUGCAGCUCAUGUUUUCUGGCUAGACCUAUGGUCAUUCCUGUGAGACUUCACUGAAAGUUUUAUCAAGUGUCUUCCUCAUCCCUAAUGCGAAACCCGUCGGCAUGGACCUGCUACUUUAGCUCAGAUGUGACCAGCAAUGAAUAGUAGUAAGGCAGCUUGACAUUUUGUUCAGAUAGACUCACCGUUUCUGACUUCUUUAAAUAUUAAAGCUUAUAAAAGAUAUGUGCUGAUUAGAAGGCUCCCUUGUGCAGUGUGGAGGAGAAGACAGUGCCGUACAAAAAUGGGGUUUGGGAGUGACCUGAAGAACUCACAUGAAGCUGUGUUAAAAUUGCAAGACUGGGAGUUACGGUUACUGGAAACAGUAAAGAAAUUCAUGGCCCUGAGGAUAAAAAGUGAUAAAGAAUAUGCAUCUACUUUACAGAACCUUUGUAAUCAAGUUGAUAAAGAAAGUACUACCCAAGUGAAUUAUGUCAGCAAUGUAUCCAAGUCUUGGCUACUUAUGAUUCAGCAGACAGAACAACUUAGUAGGAUAAUGAAGACACAUGCAGAGGACCUAAAUUCUGGACCCUUGCACAGGCUCACCAUGAUGAUCAAAGACAAGCAGCAGGUGAAGAAAAGUUAUAUAGGUGUUCAUCAGCAGAUAGAGGCAGAGAUGAUCAAGGUUACAAAGACAGAAUUAGAAAAAUUAAAAUCCAGCUAUAGACAAUUAAUAAAAGAAAUGAAUUCUGCCAAAGAGAAAUAUAAAGAAGCUUUAGCUAAAGGGAAAGAAACUGAAAAGGCCAAGGAACGUUAUGACAAAGCCACAAUGAAACUUCAUAUGUUGCAUAAUCAGUAUGUAUUAGCAUUGAAAGGGGCACAGCUUCAUCAGAAUCAGUAUUAUGAUAUCACACUUCCUCUGCUUCUGGACUCCUUGCAAAAGAUGCAAGAAGAAAUGAUAAAAGCACUAAAAGGCAUAUUUGAUGAAUACAGCCAGAUAACUAGUCUUGUUACAGAGGAAAUAGUGAAUGUCCAUAAAGAGAUUGAAAUGUCGGUUGAGCAGAUAGAUCCUAGCACAGAAUACAAUAAUUUUAUAGAUGUUCACAGAACAUCAGCUGCUAAAGAGCCAGAAAUUGAGUUUGAUGCUUCCUUACUAGAAGAGAAUGAGAACCUUCAGGCAAAUGAGAUUAUGUGGAAUAAUUUAACAGCAGAAAGUUUGCAAGUAAUGUUGAAAACUUUAGCAGAGGAACUUGUGCAGACACAGCAAAUGCUCUUAAAUAAGGAGGAGGCUGUCCUGGAGCUAGAGAAAAGAAUCGAGGAAUCUUCUAAGACCCAUGAAAAGAAGUCUGAUAUUGUGCUGCUGAUAAGCCAAAAACAGACACUUGAAGAGCUGAAACAGUCAGUGCAGCAGCUGAGGUGCACUGAGGCAAAGUUUACAGCACAGAAAGAAUUACUAGAGCAAAAAGUACAAGAAAAUGAUGGGAAAGAGCCACCUCCGGUAAUAAAUUAUGAAGAAGAUGCACGAUCAGUUACAUCUAUGGAAAGGAAGGAGAGGCUAUCCAAAUUUGAGACUAUUCGUCAUUCAAUUGCUGGAAUAAUUAGGUCUCCAAAAUCUGCAUUGGGCUCUUCAACAUACUGUGAUACGACGAUCCCCAUAAGUGAGAAGCCCCUGACAGAACAGGACUGGUACCAUGGUGCAAUUCCCAGGAUAGAAGCGCAAGAUCUGUUAAAACAACAAGGAGACUUCUUGGUGCGAGAGAGCCAUGGGAAACCUGGUGAAUAUGUCCUUUCUGUAUUUUCUGAUGGACAAAGGAGACACUUUAUCAUACAAAAUGUUGAUAAUAUGUAUCGAUUUGAAGGCACUGGUUUUUCAAACAUUCCUCAGCUUAUAGAUCAUCACUAUACCACAAAGCAGGUCAUCACUAAGAAGUCAGGUGUCGUUCUGCUGAAUCCUAUUCCUAAGAAAACUCUACAAAAAUUCCUCUUUAGCCUGGACCAGGAUAAGAAAUGGGUUCUCAAUCAUGAAGAUGUCACAUUGGGAGAGUUACUGGGCAAGGGAAAUUUUGGUGAAGUAUUUAAGGGCACAUUAAAGGAUAAAACUUCCGUUGCUGUUAAAACAUGUAAAGAAGAUCUUCCUCAGGAACUGAAAAUAAAAUUUUUGCAAGAAGCCAAAAUUCUCAAGCAAUAUGAUCAUCCCAAUAUUGUCAAACUUAUCGGAGUUUGCACACAAAGACAGCCUAUCUAUAUCAUUAUGGAACUGAUUCCAGGAGGUGAUUUCCUCUCCUAUCUGAGAAGAAAGAAAGAUGAAAUAAAACUGAAACAAUUAGUGAAAUUUUCAUUAGAUGCUGCUUCUGGUAUGUCAUAUCUCGAGAGUAAAAACUGUAUACACAGGGAUCUUGCUGCAAGAAACUGCCUGGUAGGUGAAAAUAAUGUUCUGAAAAUCAGUGACUUUGGAAUGUCUCGUCAGGAGGAUGGUGGAGUGUAUUCAUCUUCUGGCUUAAAGCAGAUUCCCAUUAAAUGGACAGCACCAGAAGCUCUUAAUUAUGGGAGAUACAGUUCUGAGAGUGACGUGUGGAGCUUCGGCAUCCUCCUCUGGGAGACCUUCAGCUUAGGCGUCUGUCCGUACCCUGGAAUGACAAACCAGCAAGCACGCGAGCAAGUGGAAAGAGGAUACCGAAUGUCAGCCCCUCAGCACUGUCCAGAGGACAUCUUUAAAAUUAUGAUGAAGUGUUGGGAUUAUAAACCUGAGAACCGCCCCAAGUUCAGUGAACUUCAGAAGGAGCUCAGUGUCAUCAAGAAGAAAUUCACAUAGUGACGGGACGGUGCCCGAUGCAGCCGUCAGGACACACCGUUCUCCUCGUUAGCCAUGAGUUCGUACCACGUUACCUGCAACAGUCUGCUAAGGUUAUUUUUUUAUUAACUGGUUGUUGUUUUUAAAUAUGUGCCACUUAAAAAAAAAAAAAAGGAAAAUGCAUUCAAGAAACAGACAGUCCUCCCGAGGGCUUUUCUAGCUCAGACAGCACUCUUGCUGCUUCCGGCCACUGUAAUAGGCAAGCACAGGCUCCCGUGGGGGAGGACAGAGGCUUCUCAGACUUUUCUCCUCCAGGCCCAGGUCAUGGCUGCCGUCCUGUGCCACAGACCUGACUCACUCGGUGCUAUGAGCCGCCUUGGUAACGCCAUGUUUGCAGGACACCUCCCAACCAAAGUUGGCGCUCUGCUCUGCCAAGGCAUGGUUAUAUUUGUAACAUCAUUUUCUAUUGGGAAUUAUUGGGCCCUCCUAGGGAUUUUCUUCAUUGCCAGAAGUAACUGCAGUGUAAGAAUCCUCACACUCCUGUAUUAGUGUUGUCAUUUCCCUCCUCUGUUUGGGCAUCAGAAAGCCAUGCAUCAGAUGCCCUCAAACAGCACACACCUAGCAUUGAGGCAGCAGCUUUUAAAGGGUUUUUUAGAAGCUGCGACAGCAGGAAGUCAGGACAGGAGGGUGGUCUAGAGAAAAAGAGCAGCUAGAGUAGAAUCAGAGAAGAAAAGGAAAACUUAAAAUGUCUUCUUAUCUGAGUUAUGCCCUUAGAAACAUGCACCCAUUCCCUCUUUAUUUUAUGUUCUGCGUUCACGAAACAAGUUCUAAGAAAUGUUUUUCAGGAGCUUAUAAAGGCUUCUUAAUGACAACAACAAAUUUUUAGAGAAACUACAAAGCACAAGCCCACAGAAUCAACAGCAUACUUUUGGUGAAGCACCUGCACCUCUUAGGAGGUGUCCAGAAUUUAAUUUCCUUUAUGGAGCCAGUUCCCUGAGCUGUCAGAAUUGCAUGGUCCUCGUUCAGAAACACGCUCCUGUGUGCACGUGUGCACACACUACCACCAAGCAAGGCAGGUGUGAAUGGAGUAAAUGGUUAAGAAGACAGGUGGACACUAUUGAGAGAAAAAAUACAGGAAAGCCUCCUCUCUCCAUUUUCCCCCUUUGUUACCCUUAUGCCACUACCUGGGAACCCGUAUGCUUAGCAGAAGUGUGCAAGCACAGCGCUCGCUGGAGAUGCUUCAUGUGAAAAUGUAACAGAGUUAGAUCUAGGAUUCUGUUGUGCUGAACCUUAGCUGCGUCCAGGGAACUUAUCCCAUGCUCUGUAUAUAGUUGCCUCUCAGGAUUGUGUGGAAGAGAUGGUCAGGCUCAGGGGUGAAUGUGGCUUGGGAACCUUAAGUGCUCAGGCAUGUGUGCAGAUAAAUAGCACCUUAGUGAUUGUUUCAUCUUGGUUUAUUGGAAGAGCUUAUGGGAAAGAAAAUUCCUCUUGUCCCCUCCAGCUAUUUGCUGCCUGUGAAUAUCAUUGCACAGAACUCGCACACAGUGCUCUAGAAAGUAGAAAGGAUAAUACUGAAGAGACAAAUGGCUUGUCUAUCAUUUCAAUCUUCUUGCAAGUUCUGUACACAUCUAAUGAUUACUACAUUCAGACUAAAACAAAAGCAUGAUAAACUUACCCUCAAAAAUAUAUCGCGAUAUUCAAAGCAAUUUUUAAAAUCAGAACCAUUUUCCCUUCUGUCAAAUAAUGUAAAUAAGUGGAACCUUCUGUUGGUGGCAUAUACUGUGGUAGGUAAGAGCACCGACUCAUGAAUUAAAAUUAAGUGCUGUGGUCUUCAGGCCCUUGUCAGCCUUUAAACAUAAGAAUGAGCUGGGACAUUUCCACCCUAUGCCAGUGUUUCUAAGCGAAUCUUUCCACAAUAUUUUUUGUUUAUAGAGACCAGCCUUCCAUCACUUACCAGCCUCAGUGCUGAGCUCUCAGCAAGGAGAGAGGAGGAUGGUUUGGGCUGUAAUUUUGUGAACAAGACCUGAAGCUUAAUCUUUGCAUUCUGGUUUAAAGAAGGAACACGGUAUUGACAUUUCACUCAUCCUGGCUGUUAGAAUUUACAAUUCACAUCAUAACUCUGAGCUUAAAUUAAAGCAGCUUUUCAAAAUACCGUGACAUCUGCAGCAUUUAAAUUCCACUUUAUUCUGUGUCCCAGAGCAGGCGGUGGUAUAGUUCAGGAUUAAUAACUCACAGGGAGUCUUUCAGGAUCAUACCAGUUGUAAAGAAUAUUAAAUUUAAUAUGGGCACAUGCAUCGAGAAAAACUUACGCAAACCAUUUUUUUUACUGUUAAUUCUCUUGCACUUAAAGCAUAAUUUAUUCAUACCUUCUGUCACUGAUAAUUAUUGGAAUUAUGUACGUUAGGGAGUUAAUCCAUACCCAAAAAACACACACAUAAAUACUGUUCUGAAUUUGCAAGUUGAUGUAGAAAAAGGCGGCUUCAGAAAUGUACAAAAUCCUAUCAGUUAUAUAGUAGAAAACAGUUGUAACAAAAAUUGCCACUGGUCUGAAUGUAAUUAAGCCAGGUUGCAAAUCUUGGUGGUGUUAAUGGAUUAUUCAAGAGGUGCAUUUAUCACUCCCAUACAGUUCCUGUCAUAACUCCUUAAAUUUAUGAGUACGGAGGGGGUGGGGGGGUCCCAGGCUGUCUGAAUCUCACCUACAUUUUUCUAUCUUGAGGCUUUAUGAAAAAUAUUCAGCUAGUUCAUCAUUUUCAAGGAAAGAAAUCUUUUAAUGUCAAAUUAACAUUUAUUACCAACAUGUGGAACCUAAAAUUAAUUUUGUAUUUGAAUAAUCUGAGAUUACUUCCCAAAGCCAGCGAGUUCCUUCUCUUCCAGGAAAACAAUAAUAAAGGAUUGACGGGUUUUGUUUAAACUUUCAAAACCAGAGGCUGUGUUUCAGCCCAUCCUGCCACCGGCUCCCCAGUAUAAGGCCUCAUGUGAUUAUUUCUCCUUUAUCUCCCAAAUUUAAUAUAAGCAAUAAAGUUCCUCAUUCAUAAUUCACCAUUUUAUCACAAAUAAGUAGAUCAGCACAGACCAUGAGCCAAAUUGUAUUAGCUACUGUUCAGCGCACAUUUCACAAUUGUUUUUUUUCAUUUGAGCCUUAUCUUAGAAGAAAAAAGGUUUAGUCACCAAAAUGAUUUUAAUUUUCUUUAAACCACAAUCUGGUUUUCUUGUCUAUGUUAUACUCAUGUUUCAGUGUUGCCAUAUAGUUUUAUAUAAAGUUGGGCCACCACCACUGAAAUAACUAUGCUUCACCAUACUGGUGUGAGUGUUGCACACUGAGGACCUGGCAGUGGGAUAAACAUAAAUUGUACGUCACUGUCAUUCAGAGUUGCUCAGCCCUUGCACUUCACUGUCCAUUCCUGUGCAUCCCCGGAAACCCUACUUAGUGUGCAUAUAAUCUUAGUACACUGCUUUGUGGCCAUGGGUCCUUGUGGAGUGAGAUUGAAAUUUUCUGAAAAGAGAUGUUUGCCUCAGCCCUCUUUUUUUAUUUUUCACAUACCCCCUUGAUCACAUGGUUGGUAUUUCUUAUUAACAAAAUAUUUCUUAUUAACAAAACUGAUUGUCCAUACGCACCAUUCUGAGUCCUGUAGAGACUGACUUUUGUAUUUAGGAGGCCAGAGCUCUCACACAAAACACAAUAAUGCAAAACAAAAAGGGCAACAAAGGGACAGACAAUUGAAAGACACUUUUCUUUAUGUACUAAUAUGUUAAUUAAAUGGAAAUAGAUUUUAUAUGAAAAUGAGUUUAUAUUACUUUUCCAUUAUACUAUUAAGUUAGCAUGAAAGUUUACCAUUAAAAUAAAGUGUUACCUCUUUUAUUACUAACUUUGAUUUGCUUAUACAUACCAGAAUUUUUUAAUUAAAUAUUUUAAUUUUAUUUAUUUUUGUUUUGAUGAAUUUCAUAUCAAGUCUAAAUACUCUACUAUUUGGAAGAAUCCAGAGCUGCAUAGUCAUUUUUGCAGAGGAAAAUACUCAUGUACCUACUUGAAAGAGAUAUUGGUACAGUCCCAUAAAAUUGUCGUUUAAAAAAUAAUGCUAUAAUAUAAAAGAUGUAUAAACUAUAUGUGUUAGUCAUAAUUCAAUUUAAGGAAAUAUUUAUUACCCCUUGAAAACCAUCCUACUGCCUCAUGCUGAUUCAGAGAUUAAAUUCUGAACUGUUAAGUAUAGACACUAAGAUGCACUUAGCUUUCUAAGAAGGACUGAGAUUCUCGGGUAGUAAAAAAAUCUGAUCUGAAUUCCUAGUCACUCUAAACUGUGGCGUAGUAAUGAGCAUGGGCUUCAGUGGAUCUGUCCACAGGCACAGAGGAAAGGACCGCUUAUUCCAAGACAGGAUGAUGCCGCCCUUACGGAGAGUGUAGACAAAUUAAAGUGGAACAAAGACUUGAGCAGUGUCACUAGAAAGCCUAAGGAAAACAGCGCCACCAAGCCAGAUCCUUUCCCACAGAAAAUUAAAAAAGAGGUCACCUGCCAGCAUGUGGGCCUCAGUGAGCCGACCACACACCUCUCUCCCUUGCAUUUGGAGCAGGUUUAUAUCCCGGGCUCGCAGCUGCUGCUGUGCUGGGCGACAUGUAUACUCAUUGUCCUGCCCACUGAAGGACUGGGUGGUUUGUCUUCGGACUUUUAAAGAGACUACUCAAAGUCUCUUUAUAUUUGCAGUAGUUAUAUUUACUACUUCUUUAAGAUCACUGAUUAUUCAUACCUUAUUGGAAAUCUUUGGUUGCAAUGGGGCUUCACCUGGGCUAAUCUCCUAGAGGAAAGCAUAUUUAGCCCUGGUUCACCCUGUGACUAAUGUUAACUAAUUGGCUCCGAGAGUUACCCCCAGAGGGACCUCACUGUGAUGAGCUCUACUCUGGGAAAACAUGAAAUUAAGCAGGGCCGUAGGAAAAUACCAAUUACAUAGCAAUGCUCCGUGUCUUUAUAUAGUAACAUUGGAGCGAAAGGAACCUUAGAAACAGCCCACAGCCAGUCAUGGUACAGCACCGCUGAGGACAGAUGCAAAAGACAGAGAACAAGACAUCUAGACAGGAGGACUGACCGACAUGAAGGGCAGUGACAGUACUGGCCCCAAGUGACUCAAAAGCAGCCUCCAAGUAAAUGCAGCAUCAGUAUGGGAAAGCUAAUCCUCAGAGAGGGUUUUUGAGGCGCUUCCUGCUGCAUGUUAUUAAAUAUUACAAGCCUCUCAAAUCUCUACAACAUUUCUUAAAGAGCACUGAAUUGGAUAUUGAUUUGAUUUUCUUUAUGAUCCCCAUAAUCUCAGGAGGUGGCCACUGCUGAAGGAGAAUUGCCCUCGCUCGGUUUUGCUGUCAGGCUGCAGUCAUGGUAGUAUACUGACUGCCCACGCCCUGAGCAAUGGCGUAUGUGCCCAGGGUAGCCAGCAUUGGAGGAAAUUUGCUGUGAAAGCUCCUACUUCUUAUUUUAUCAAAGAAAAAAUGUCUUGUGGGUGUUUAUGCUUGCGACAUGAAGACAGAUUUAGUGUCCCUCCUUGCCAGCAAACUAGCAAGAGCCCCCAAACAAGAAUAUUUAGGACUCACUCUAAAAAGAUUGGAAUCCUGAAUUUCUAAACUAUCUUCCCAAACAUUGCCAUUGAGGCCAGCAGAUGUGAGUGUUCUACAAAGUAAUAAAAUGUCCUAAGUGAUAGUAAAGGCCCUGGAGCAGAGUUUUGCAAUAUGUUUUCCCUCAGCUUCAUCCAUUCACAGGCUUUUCGUUAACAUCUGCCAUGUCGGGUACAAGGAGCCAUGCUGCCCGCUAGUUUUUCUGGGGCGUUUUGGGGGGAGGGGUUGUUUUGUUUUACUUCUGGUAUUUCCUUUCUCAUAUUCAGUUUCUUAAUCCUUACUUUACCAAAACAGAAAAGCCUUUUAUGGUCAGCUUUUAUCAGAUGGUGUCAUAAUUGGCUUAAACCAAAGAGUUUCUCCUCAGGAGCUUAGGAGGCCCUGCCUUAGUAGGCACUCCCAGGCAUCCAUUACCAGGCCAACUGCACACACACUAUGUGAGAGGCCGAGCUUAGAAUACAAAGAAAGCCUAGCUGUGGUCCUUGAGGCAGAGACGGGAGGGUUAGGUGGCAGUUUUGUGUGCUGAGUGACACUAUCCAUAGAAGAGGGAGAUUUUCCCAGGACAGAAAGAUCACGGUGAGCAGGGGCACCCCGGGGAACAGCCUAUUGACUUGGCUGAGUAAGCUCAUUGGGUGACCUACCCCCAAAGAAUGUUCAAACACUAACAAUGAUUCCUGUCCCUUAACCCCUUGAAAGUACUGGACUUUUCCACUUCACUUUUCUGUGCCAUUAUUUUCUGUUAAUUUCUUUCACACUCCUCUUGUCAGUAAAUAUCUAAAAGUAGUGUUUUAAUUGUGCCAUGUUAAUGAGUUUUCCCAUAGCUUCAGAAAAGGUAGCAAAUAUGAAGCCUUAAGUUCAAAAUAAGCCAGUCAAUCUAGAUCCCAAAGCACCGUCGUGCUAAGACAUCAGUUAUUCUCUACAAGUUUCCCCAAAGCAGCACCCUUCCUAAAAAGCCAAACAUCACACCUGCUCCUAUUUGUCAAGAACAUCUUUAGUGUCAGAGUAGGCACAUUCUAGACCCUAUCCACGGCAGAUUCUAAAAUGACAUCCUAGGAAGCCAGAGUUCGACCACGAAGCUGACAGCGGAAACACUGCUUCACUCCAUUGUCCUCAGAGACAACACCAACGCAAAACUCUAACCAUUGGGUAGUCCACCCGAUCAGAGGAGAUGCCUUAUUUUGAAAACAUAGGAAAGAUGUUGGUAGGAAAUGUCAAUGUUAUGAGCCACAGAGGGUAGGUGUCAGGUGGCCAUGAAAAGAAAUCCCAGUUCCCACACUGGACCAGCAAAACUCUAAGAAUUAAAAACAAGGUAGCGUAUGACUCCAACACCCCAUUAUUAAUAUUUUUUCAUGUAGCUCUUGUCAAAUUGUACAAACUUGGGGUCUUCUUUUGAGUUGCAGGAACAAUCUUUACGAAACAAAAAAACUAAAUUCCCCCCAACUGGGGCUUCAAUUUCUAAGUACCCUACAUUCAGACCCUUAGGGACUGAGAGGGAGCCUAAAUCAUUCCUGAGAUCCCAGGCAGAAGGACCGUCCUGGCAGUCUCCACCAGCUCACCAAUCCAGUGCUUUUGUUCAUUUUUAAACACAGAAGUGGAGAAGAAAAAUACCCCAUUAGGUAGAAAUGGUCUUUUACAACUAAUUUGACUUGGUAGAAAUAAACUUGCCUGCCUGCUCUUAAGAAAUGCCAGACCGUGGUGAGCAAGUGCAGAGGGCACAGUGCCCUGAGCCAUGCUUCAUAGGACUGUGUUGUCUUCUCCUCACCCAAGAAUAGCAGUUUUUACAUGUAAACUAUAGGACAUGGCGGCCCCUCCCCUGCCAGUUGGAGUGGCUUUGCUUCAGCUGCAAGCAGAAGACCACUUCCAACAGCAGUGAACUUAUUUGUCCUAAUUCCUUCUCAGAUGCUAGGGCUUUCACACUGGCCAGUUUCAGAAAAUAUGCAUGUUUAAAUGAAAUUCACUAUUUUUGGCUUUAGUGUCAAAGAGAUUGGUUCUGCAAGAUUUACCUGAUUCCCCAUAACAAGUAUAUUUUAUAGCCUUAUGAUUCUAAAUCCACUCCCCAGUAUAGUUAGCUCACAUCAAAUCAAAAUCAGAGAUAAAGAGGAACUGGUAGGGAGGGGUCUUGGUUAUUUCAAAUUCAUGACCAAAGUCGCCAAAGACAAAACUCCCUUUCACAUGAUGACCAUUUCACGUCACUAUAUGAAAUGUCAGUUACCCAAUACGAUCCUGUGACAAAAUCAGAUGCUCACCAUGGACCAAUGCCAGGAGCCCUGUACUUUAUUUACAUGGGCCAUUUCUAGUCAUUUUCCUCCAUAAAGCAUUGAGAUUUCUCACUGGAACAACUUUAUGAUUCAGGUACCUAGAAAUCUUACGUUUAAUCUAUGUUUAACGGUAUUGAAUUAGAUGGCCUGAUUCAGCAACAUGAGUGCAGUGGGGGUUGGUGGUGGUGUGAAUUCUGCCGACUUCAUCUUACGGUUUUCUCUGUGUUUUUCUUGGUUGGGUGUGAUGAGUACCCUGACUGGAACUCUCCAAAGUCAUAGCCAUACAACCACAUAGGGUUAGGAAAAGCCAGGUAAAUGCAGGAGAACAAAAUAAAGUUGUCCAAGUCCCAAGAACAGCACCUACUUCUUCAAGAACCUAAGCAAACCGAAAGCAAAGAUCCAAUGUACACAUGAUGCCCAGGCCCUUUCCUGGGCAGCCCACUGGCCUGAGGCCCUGCACUCCUCCCUGCAUAGGCCUGCAGCGAGCGGCCCCAGAAAUGUCAUUUCCCGUUGCUUCCUCUUCCCUUUGUGAGAAGAUGCGUUCAGGUUGAUGGGGUGAUGGGGUGAUAGGGUGGUGGGGUGGGCGUGGAGCCUGCCCCUGGGUACAGAGGUUCUGUCUGCAAAGCAUUCUGAGCAAAGCCCUCCCGUGGUUUACACAGUUUCCUUUUAGCACCAACAUUGUCGGGUUAAAGCACCUUUAGUCUUUUUUGUUAUUGCUUUAAAAUAAUAUAUUUGUGAAGUGUAUAAAAGAAACACUGGAAAUAGGGUGCUUCUUAUAAAAAGUUCAAGUGUAGAACAUGCCAACAAGGCCUUUGGUGAGUUUAUCUAGCUUUGUGAGCAAGUCUGAAAAAUGAACGAGAGCGAAAUAUAUAAAGCAGUUAGUUGUCUGUCUUUUACCAUUUUUAACUCAGAUCUGUAUUUAACACUUAUUUAUUUGUUAGUUUUUACAUUCGGAAGAAAUACACUUUGAACUUUGGCUAACAUUGUAGGAUGUUUUUAAAUUGUUUUCUACUUUUUUAAAACGUGACUUCAUCACUUUUGUACUUUGAGCAUUUUUGAACAGCCCCUUUUCCCCUUCCACGGACCAAUUACCACUGAGAGUUCUGCAGGCCCUUUUUUUUUUACUGUAUUCUUAUAAUAAAUGUAAAAUAUUUGUAGCAAA